AUGGGUCAAGUGGCCUCCAUGCCACGAAAAUGUGGCACCUACGUCCUGGAGCUGCAUGAAUGGUAUAGAAAGUUUGUCCAGGAAUGUCCCAGUGGAUUUAUCACUCUGCAUGAAUUCCGUCAAUAUUUCUGUGACUACACCGUGGGAGAAAAAUCUUCAGAAUACGCAGAGGAGAUAUUCCGAGCCCUGGAUAACAAUGGGGAUGGAAUUGUGGACUUCCGGGAAUAUGUUACAGCAAUCAGCAUGCUCGCACAUGGGACCCCAGAGGAGAAGCUUAGGUGGUCCUUCAAGUUGUAUGACAAGGACAGAGAUGGAGCAAUCACUCGCACUGAGAUGCUGGACAUCAUGAAGGCGGUAUAUAAAAUGAGUCUUGCAGCGUCCCUCACGAAGAUCAACCCCAUGACUGCCGAGGAAUGCACUAAUCGCAUCUUCAUCCGUCUGGACAAGGAUCACGAUGCCAUCAUCAGCCUUCAGGAAUUUGUAGACGGCUCUCUGGAUGAUGAGUGGGUUCGAGAGAUGCUGGAAUGUGACCUCAGCACAGUGGAAAUCCAGAAGAUGACAAGAUACAGCCAUUUGCCCCCCAGAUCGUCCAGGGAGAGACUAUUUAAUACCAAUCCAUAA